UUUCCUUAAGAGUUUAUACCGACGGCAUUCUAAGGGUAUUUAUUUGUGAAUUUCCCAGUGGUGGCCUUCAGACUUAAAUAAGUUUUAUUAGUUACACUAAUUUUGCCUCCGGACGUCGUCGGUCGUUCGUGUGUCUGAGCACCCAGCCCAUGACCCCGUGACCUGCGUUGCCAGGAAGCGAGGUGGACCAUGGCCGCCGCAGAGGCCGUUGGGACGAACCAGCUCCUGAGGAUCAUCCGAGACCUGCAGGAGGCCGUGGCAGAGCUGACCAGAGAGUACAGAGAGAACGGUGAACCCAUCACAGAUGACAGCGCCAACCUGCACCGCUUCUCCUACAAGCUGGAGUACCUGCUGCAGUUUGAUCAGAAGGAGAAAACUACAUUUCUUGGUACUAGAAAAGACUACUGGGAUUACUUCAGUGACUGCUUGGCCAAGGUCAAGGGUGCGAAUGAUGGGAUCCGCUUCGUCAAGUCCAUCCCAGAGCUGAAGACAUCCCUGGGCAAAGGCAGAGCUUUCAUCCGCUACUCCCUGGUGCACCAACGACUGGCAGACACCCUGCAGCAGUGCUUGAUAAACCAGAAGGUCACCAGUGACUGGUACUACACGCGCAGCCCUCUCCUAAAGCCACAUCUAAGCGUGGACAUCAUAAAUCAUUUAUACGAACUCAACGAUGUGCAGUUUGACAUUGCAUCUCGAGGUCACGACCUGGACUCUGCCUGGCCAACCUUUGCCAGGAGGAGUCUAGGGACUCCCGGUUCGCCCCUUCACCUGUGGAGACCACCCAGCCGUAGCUCUAGCAUCAACAGCCUGGUCAGCUCCUACUCACAGCACAUACAGGAGUUCCCCUCCAGCCCAGACCUGGCCCCCGGGCUGCUGGAUGAGUCGGGGGAGUUGAGAGAGCCAGGCGAGCGGGUCUCCGCAGCCGAAGACCUACGGUUGGAACUGGACCAGUCGGAGCUGAGGCAGCAGCAGCUGUUAGCACGGGCCAGUGAGCUGGGUGAGGAGGCUUCUGAGCUGCGGACUGUGGUGGGGGAGCUCCAGGCACAGCUGGAUGCUUCUUUGGCCAUCCAGGCUGGGGCCCAUGAGCAGAAGCAGGAACUGGAAGCCCUAAGGUCGGUCGAGCUGGAGCUACGAACCCGGCUGGCCUCUACCGAGAGGAAGAACGAGGAGCUUUUGGCCCGGCUUGGGGAGGCGCUGGAUGAAAAGGGCCAGCAGGCCGCAAGCCACUUUGACUCAGCCCAAAAGAUCCACGACCUGUUGGACGAGCUCAGUGAGGUGGAGCGGGAGAAGCUGGAGGCAGUGCGGGAGGUCGAGGGGAAGAAACGGGAGGUGGAACGCCUUGCAGAGGAUCUGAGGGUGAAGGAGGAAGCUCUGGAGAAGGAGCGCACUAAGGCCCUCGCAAAGGCUAAGGAGCUGCGUGAGGUCAUGGAGAGUAUGCAGGGGGAACUGGAAAACAAGGAGAAGGAGUCCAGUGACCUACAGAGGAAGCUGGAGGACCUGCAGUACUCCCUGAAGGCAGAAAAUAAGAAGGUGGAUGAAGUGAGCAGGAGAGCCCAGGAAGAAAAGGGGGAACUCCAACAGAAGUUGGACAGCUUGAAAGUCUCUCUAGAAGGGCAGCUUGCAACCCUUACCGAGCAGCUGAGGGCUAAGGAUGAGCAACUCACUGCUAGCCGUGAGGAGGUGGAGCUCAUGGAGAAGCAGGUGGUGCAGCUCACCGGUGAGAAGAAGGGCUUGGCUGGCAUAGUGGCAGAGCUGGAGAGCAAAGUAAAGGACCAGACCAAGAAGACAGAGGAGUACAAGAUGCAGUGCACCACCUUGAUGGAGCUGAACAGCAAGCUGCUGCAGACAGUGAAGAAGAAUGAGGAGACCAAGCGGGAACUUAUGGAGACCAAAGCGACCAUGGAGGGAGAGUUUGCUGCCCUUCAGGCCUCCGAGAAGCAGCUGAGAAGCCAGAUUGAGGAUGGCGCGGUUGCUGUGGAUGAGAGGGAGAGGAGGCUCAGGGAGGAGAACCGGCAGUUGGAUGAGAGCAUCCGCAAGGCCACUGCUGCGAAGGAGAUGUCUGAGGGCACUGUGAGGGAGCUGGAGCAGGAGAAUCGGGACCUGAAGGAGGAGCGACAGGUGGCUGAAGGAGCACUUUCCGCUGCACGAGAGGAGCUACAGGUCGUUACCAGUCAGAUUGCUGAACUGGAGACUCGCCUGGCCACCACCCUUGAGGGUGAAGCAAGCCUCCAUCAAAAGCUGCAGAAAACAGCUGCGCUGCUAGAGGAUAGGGAGGGGCAGUGUCGCCAGCUGGAGGGGAGGCUGAAGGAACUGUCCGAAGAGAAGGCGGACUUGACGUCUUGCCUGGCGCUGGCCAAGAGCCAGCUGGAGCUGAGCACCGGCGAGGUCUCAAGGCUGCAGGCGGAGCUGCUGGAUGUGCGAACUGAGCUGCGGUGCACCGCUGAGGCCAAACACAAGAUCCAAGCCCGACUUGAGUCGACUGAGGUUUCCCGGGAAGAGCUUGCAGCGCAGAUAGAGUGGCUGAAGGCCCAGGAGGAGGAGCUCCGUCAGCAGCACGCCUCAGCAGGGGAGUCGCUGACCAACGACAGGGAUCAAGAGGCUCAGGCACGGGCCAAGCUGGCUGCAGAGCUCGCGUCCACCAAGGAAGAGCUCUUGGCCAUCAAGGCGCUACACGAGAGCCUCGCCGUGGAGAGGGCCGAAACCCGGGAAGGCCUCCACCGGGCCAACACCGAGAUGGCUGAGCUGGGAGUCACUGUGUGCCGCUUGACCUCAGAGAACCAAGAGGCGGAGCGCAGGCGAGAGAUGGAGGAGCGGGAAGCAGAGCGUCUGAGCGCUGGCAUGGCAGCUCUCCGGUUGGAGAACGCCUCGCUGCAGGAGGAGCUCGGCGAACUACAGAACCUUCCGCAAACCAUCCAGGAGCUGAAGGAGCGGCUGGAGCAGGCUGAGGCCCAGGCCAAGAGCAUCCAGGAAGCCACACAGGAGAAGAUAGAGACCAUCAAGUUCCAGAUGUCCAGCGAGGCCUUGAAGCAUCAGAAUGAGCUCAAGGGAAUCAGCGAGGAGUUGGGGAAUCUGGAAGGUCAGCUGGCGGCAGAGCGACAGAGUGUGACGGACCUGACGGCCAGAGUGUCCGAGCUGAAGGCUGUAAACAGCGAGCACUCGCAGGUCAUCGAGGAGAAAAUCCUGCGUGUCGCUGAGUGUGAGGUUGCGAUGCAGCGCAGUGGAGAUGAGCUACAACAGCUCAAAGGAAACCUGACCAGGAUGGAAGGGGAGCUCGUUGAGGCCCGGAGCAGCUGCGAGGACCUCAGGCAGACACUCAGCAAAACUUUGGAGGAAAAGUGCAGCCUGGAGGUGAAGAUGUCGGCCGAGAUCGAAGAGCUUCGCACGACCAAGAUGAACCUGGAGGAACGACUCAUAGAACUCAUCCGGGACAAGGACACCCUGUGGCAGAAGUCAGAUGCGCUCGAGUUCCAGCAGAAGCUCAGGGCCGAGGAGCAGUGGUGGCUCGUGGACAAGGAGGCGAGUCACUGCCUGGGUUGUAGGAGCGCCUUUACCUGGUGGCUGCGCAGACACCACUGCAGGUUAUGCGGCCGUAUCUUCUGCUACUACUGCAGCAACAACUUUGUGUUGACAAAGCACAGCGGGAAGAAGGAACGCUCCUGUAGAGAGUGCUACUCGCAGCACAGUGCUGUCGUGGAGCGCCUCACACAAGCUGAGCUGGGUCCCAACCGGGACGAGGCCCCUGCUAUCCCCUGCCCCGCCUCUGCUCUGAGCCCUGCCCCUUACACACCACUGCCCAGAGUUACAGUGACAGACCCAGGAGAUAGGUCGGAUGACAGCGCUUUUGACAUCAUCACAGAGGAAGAGCUCAACGGGAUGUGUGACAGUGACUCAGCAGCAUCGCAGCAGACCAGCGGCGCCGAGAUAAGUGGCAGCGGAAGCACGGAAGAUGCAGCUCCUGAUGACUCUGAGGAGCUAACCCCAGCCUUACAGGACACAGAGAUCCACUUGCUGAAAUCUGGCGAGCUCACGCUUGCAGUGCCUCUGGGCAUUGAGGAGGUGGUGCAAUUUGGUGACAGUUCACGGGAGCUCUCCAUCAGGUCCAGCUGCUAUAGUACCGUGCCCAUCACAGUGCCCGAGGCGGGCCCCACUAUCAGCUGGGUCUUCUCCUCCGAGCCCAAGAGCGUGUCCUUCAGCGUGGUGUACAGCGAGGCAGCCGACGCCCCCGUGGAGCAGUCCAAGGUUCUGAUCCCCCUGACUCGCUGCAGUUCCCACCAGGAGACGAUUCAAGGGCAGCUGAAGGUCCGCAACCCAGGGGUCUACACACUCAUCUUCGAUAACUCUUUCUCCAGGUUCAUCUCAAAGAAGGUCCUUUACCAUCUGGCGGUUGAGAAGCCCGUCAUUUACGAUGGAAGUGAUUUUCCAUAGGAAGGUUGGACCCUUCCCCUCCUUGCGUCUCUCUUCAGUUCUGUUCCUGGGUGCUGGAGCUCCUUCAUUUGCCCAUUAGGUUGUGUUGUACAAACCAUAUUGUGGGAUGAUGUGUUUUGCUUUGCACUUGUCACUGUAGCAUAUCAUUUUUAGGUGUUACAAGAAUCAUCCUCCUAUUUUAUUUAGUAGAAAAAUGUAAGAAGCUGUAAAAAUGUGUUUUUUUUUUUUUUUUUUUUUUGAGAUAGGCUUGUCCUGCCCUAAACUGUACCAUGUUUCUUUAAAACAUAUUUUUGCAGGCACAAUUAAGAUAAAUAAUCUCCAGAUGCACAAAAUAGCAGAUGAAUGAUGAAAUGCUAUACAAAAGCAGUGAAAACAACUAAAUAUUAACAGUUAAAAUUUUAAGUAAGUUGUCUGAAGGGCACUCAAAAUGUUUAAUAUUCACAUCUCAAAUAUUCUACUUGCACAGAAUAUCCCAUUACUACAAUGGUCAGUUGCUUAGAAGAAUCAUCACAGCUAUGGAAAAGGAUAUAUUUCCACAGUGUGUGGUUAUUAAGCCCAAGUAUGUGGGCUUAAUAUUUGAUCAGAUUUUGCCCUUUAGGAUGGUUCUCUUUUUUGUUUUGAAGACAUGAAUAAUUGUUAUAGCCCAGGAUUUUUGGAAAACAGUGAUCAGAACUCACAAACGCUUAGGUCUCAACUCUUAGCUCCGUGGCCUAGUGUUUGAGAUCCAAACUCUGAUCCUGCAUCAGCGGAAGCCUUUCCAAGUCUUCAAAGCUGAAAUUGAUCUUUACAAGACCAAAAUGACACUUCCAAAGAUAUUAGGCCAAGAACACACCGAUAUCAGCAACAAGAAAAUGCUGUGAUCUCAGCAGUGAAGGGAUGAUUGAGGCCUGGUGGAAGAACAAGGAAACACAAGUUAUCAAGUUUAACACUGUACUGUCCAAAGUCGAUUUUAUACACGCGCAAACCCACUAUAUAUGGGUGCACCACAAAAACUUUCUCCUUAUCAAGGUGACUCUUAAUUUGCAAAUCUGUUACUAAAUAUGCCAAAAUUAGAUUUUUACAAAAUACUUUAUGCUAAAUAUUUUGUACAGACAUAAAAUAUAUUUUACUUAAUGGAUUGUAUUUUAUAAGAAUUUCCACUAUGAUAAUAGUGGCAGGAUAUUUAUUCAUUUUUUGCAAUAAGCUUUAAGGCAUGCUUUGCAGGGACUGACAUUUGAGAACAGCAGCUUGAGAAUGAAAAAUGUCAGAAAGGGUAGCAAUGCACACUUGUGGUUUCUAGGUAUGAGUUCUGCAGUGCAGUCAAAGCCCUCAGCUGAGGUUGUGCAUGUGAAAGUACCACGGUAUUUAAAUGCAUGCUGUCAGCAACAUUUGUUAAGAGCUGUAAGGUUAGAGACAUUCAGCAGAUGCCUCCUGACAGCAAGCAUUCAGGAUACAUUAGUAGGCUUUCCAGAGUCCAUACCUAUAGGAUGAAAGAUCUGUGCACUCCAGCGCUUUUAAAAUUAUAUGAUUUUUGUUUUUUUUUCACCAAGCACUUCUUUGCAGAAAAUGCCAAACAACAGUACGUUAAAAGCGACUGAAUGGAGGCUCACAAUUAGGUAAUAAGCAGCAUUUUUAGAGUUGUGAAAGGGUUGCUUCAUUGUACCCUGUUUGGUGAAUUCCACUUCAGUUCCGACUAAAACGUUUCAUGUUUUUAAAAGAAACAUAAUUAUCGUAAUUGCAGCAUUAUUUCAUUGAUGUCAUACAACUCAGAAGUAAAGGUGUUCCUUUCAGUUCCAAGAUGAGCUAUUUCAAAAUGGACCUCGUGAGAGAGGAAAAUAAACCCGCAUUUAAUUUAGCUCAGCAGAGCCGUUUAUGCAGUUCAGAAAGGUAAGAGAAACAAAAAGUGAUUUCAUUAGCCAACUUUCUGUGUAAAAUAGGCUAGUUGCAUUGUCAGAAGAGCUGGCAUUUUUUCUUGAUGUUCUCCUAGCUAUGUUUUAGUGCUCACUAAGGGGCCAGCGGAGCUCGUGCCUGAAAUCAUGUAGCCUGCUUAGCAAUGAUUCACUUCAUUCGUUACCUCAAGAAAGUGAUGAAUGUCUGUUAAUAUCAGGUCUAUAACACAACAUUUUUCCUUAAAAAAUCUUACCAGCUUUAAAUUUCACUUUGACAAAUUUCAUGUGGACGUUAUCAGUCAUUCACAUUUUGGUCGUUAAUCUGUUUUUGCCAAAAAAAUUGUGAUCCGAGAUGCAGUAUUUACUAGGUGUGACAAAUCUGGUGGAGCUUCUUUUUUCCUCUUUUAACAAACCCAUUGCAGAAGAGUAGUAGCGGAAGAUACACACAGGUACCUGCCAAUUGAAAAAUUUGCACAAAAAAGGAAGACAGUGUCUUUAUGCACCUGUCUGUGGCAUUAACUGUUCAGUGGAAUGUGUGGUUAUUAGGCAGACGCUUUUGUCCAAGGCAAUUUGAAGUACAGUGCUGCAAUUUAGCACAGGAGCAACUCUAUGAAGAGCACAGUAACAGCUGUGAUUGUGUGAGUAGCGUUUCCAGUAUGUAGUCCUCAGGUAUUGUGUGACGAGCUCUCUUUUCAUGAGGCGCCUAAAAGCGGAAAUUAUGUGAUGAAGAAGCUUCAGCUGAGCAUGAUCUGUAUUAGUCCUUGUGGAGAGCAGAGGUGCAGCAAGUAUUUGAGCUACAGCUCCAGCUGUAGUACUCUUGGGCAAGGACCCUAUCUUGAAUUGCUUGGUAAAAAUUACCCAGCUGUGUAAAUGGGUAAAUCGAGAAGUAGCUGAGUGUACAGAGGUCACAUUGUAAGUCGCCUUGGAGAAAAGCAUCUGAUAAGCAAACACAUAUUAAUAUUAGCUCCAUGAAGCAGAAGGCAGGUUUAUGGAGCAAGCGGAGGAUGAGCCGAGCCAAGUAGACGGAUGUACAGUUGAGCAGCACAGUUAGGACGCUCCAAACAUUUGGGAGCAUCCAGAGUGAUUCCGUAGCUACGCUGCCUACAGAAUUCAGCACUGUCUCCCGUGGGUUCUGCACACACUACAUUGAGAAAUGUGCUUUGACAGAUACAUUGAAACUGCAGGGUGAAUGAGGGCCCACUGAGCCGCCUUCACAUCUAAUCACACUUUGAAUUCUUCCAACUCAGGUGCGUUAGGUAAAUAUCCAAAGUAGCACAUGAAAUAGCUUGUUUCUGAGGUCAUAAUGUGUUCAGACUCCUUCAAGAAAACUCUGGAAAUGCAGCCUGGAGCUCAGAGAUUGAGAAGUGGAGCUCUGCUCAUAUUACAUUCUUUUAUCUACUCAACUGUGUGAUUUAUGCGAGCAAAAAGGAAUACCUUGCUACACAGCACAUGUUGGACUUUGAGCCUCCACUGGGACAUUUUCAUCUGUGUGCCCAUUUCAUAUUUGACGUACCCAGUAAAUGCUAAUUCAAAGCCUGUUUUCUGCACAUACCCAAUAAUUAACUACUCACUCAGUUCCCAUUAUGACAUUAAUAUAGUAAAUAUUCCAGUGAGCCCAUAUAAUGAUUGGAGAUGUCCAGUGGAAAUACCAGUUUCUUAUCCAAGCGCUUGAAAAGUAUGUGCAGAAACUCACGAAUCUGGGAAGAUAACUAAUGUCCCCCCAUCUCUGUACCUCUGUAGUUGUAUUGAUCUAAGGAUCUUAUUACAUGCUGUCACUGUUCUUUUUAAUAUGGUAAAUGUUAUCAUUGAUUACUGUUGUUUUGUAAACAGAAAAGAAUUUAAACAACUGGGAAAUGGUACAAAUUGAAUGAUGAAUCAUAACAUGUUCCAGUGAUAUGAAGCUACCAGUUGAAUUGUGCUUUAAGGGGAUGUCUUUAUAACUAAUUUUCAUGAAACUUGUGAUGGGCUGCCAUCCCAUCCAGGGUGUACCCUUCCUUGAGCCCGGUGCUUCCAGAAUGCGCUCCAGACCACCAUGACCAGGAAUUGGACAUGUGUUUCGUUAAAUGAGUGACUGAAUGACUGAUUAUAUGAGCUGCAGUUCUGUGUGCGAUUCGGUGGUCUUUAGUACUAUUUAUAUGGUCCAUGUGAUGGAAGGAUGUGCAACAUUAUUAAUUUUUUUGGACGGAUCCAGCUUUGUUGGUCACGUAAUACUCAGACCAGGGUGUGAUCAGGUCAUUAUUAGAGGGGGACAGAAAACAGCUUUCAGGACUGGGCUUUAUUGGAUGCAUUUGAUAAUAUGUUGGACGUCUUCAUCAAAACACUGGACGCCCAGUGACCGCCCAAAGAUGACCGUUUAGAGCGGCUGCGCUCACUGUGCUCUCACUACACACACACAACGGGAAACCAAACUUGCUUCAAUUAGGACUGCAGAUAAUUUGCAGAACCGGCACUGGUGCUUGUUGGGGUGGAGCACAGGAAAUCAACACCCACAUGAUGUCAAUCAACAUUUUUAACCCGAGUUGUUUUUACAGAAUGAGUUAUGUGUUAUUUGUGGCAAAAUGCAAUAUACAGUAUAUAUGACUAUGCAAAGAAGGGAGUUCAGGAAAAAAAAAUGUGGAAUUCUUAUUAGAAAUAAAUCUGUUUGCCUGCAGGAUGAAAGAAGCAAUUAAAGUGCCCAAGUCAUCAUACGGUCAUAUUUGUUAGAGCCAAAUAGCUUUUCCAGUUAUGAAAAUGAUGAUGUUCUUGUGUUUUAGAGGAGCGUGAAAUAAGAACAUGGCCUGGUGUGUCCGUGUUUCUAUAUUGAGGGUGGAAGGAAUCGCCUCUAACUGUUCACCUGCCUCUGUCAGCAGUCUGCUUUGCACAAUCAUUUCUAUGCAGUAUCUCCACAAUAUUGGUGCGAUUUAAUGUAUAUUUCCUGCAAAAUGUUUUAUUUCAAAUAGCCACCGGUUCUUUUUCCAGACCUAUUCAAAGGGCAAAUAAAGCAUAAUUUGUACGACUAAAUAAAAUCUCCUCAGACUUGUCAAACUUUUAUAUCCAAGACAAGUUUUUUUUUUUUCCUUCUUCUUCUUUUCUUUCUUUUCUGAGAACUGGUGCGAUGCUCAGGUCUUGGGGGGGUCUUACCCUGUACUCCAUCGCACCAAAUCAUAGAACCUGUCUUCAUGUUUACAAUUUUUAAUAAGUGUGAUAAACACAAGUGGAAAAUGAAAGAAGGUAAGACAAGGACGGGGUUGACCUUAAGGGCUGGAGGUAGAAGUGAGAAGGGCCCAAUCACUAAUGUCGACCAGUAUGAACUAGUGUAUUACCAGUGUAUUCUUGUGUUGUUGCACUACAGCCGCUUACAGGCUCCGAAGCUCCAUCUGGGAAAAGUCCAUAUAAAGCGAAGUGAAGUGAAUAAAGAAUUAGGGAGGAGAACUGAAAGCUGCCUGGAGUGGCUCCUUCCACAGGCUCCCC